GGUGGGCAUGGAGGGAGAAAGGGAGGUGGGCAGAGAGGGAGAGGGAUACAUUGGGGUGGGCAGAGUUAGAGUGGUGAACAGAGAUAGAAAGGGGGGGAGAGGGAGGGAGAGAGAUGGAGAGAGAGAGAGAGAGAGAGAGAGAGAGAGAGAGAGAGAGAGAGAGAGAGAGAGAGAGAGAGAGAGAGAGAGAGAGAGAGAGAGAGGGAGAGCAAGGACCGGAGGGAGUGCAGCAGAAUGGAGAUGUAGGCGUGGAGUGCACUACUCAACCAGCGCUUGAUCUUAACUUUUGGGUGUAUCUUUA